AUGACGUCUUUUAUCGAGUUGAUUGGGAAAGCCGACAAUCUCCAUGAUGCGAGGCCUGCAAUUAAUAAUCGAAGUGUGAUGCUUGGCAUCGUGAUAUCGUUCUUGGUCUUCACUUUGCUAUGCGCGCUUAUGAGAUUAUUUACUCGCAUCUUCAUCGUCAAGGCAGCAGGAUGGGACGACUUCUUCGUGGUAUUGGUAAUGAUAUCAAUAUCAAUAGGUAGUAUCGGUACCUGCGUCGCAACCGACCAUGGCUUAGGAGAGCACUUGUUGAAAUUCCCCGAACUCCAAAUAGACUUGAGUAUCUUCCUCAAGAUCUUCUACAUCUGCAAUGGAACCCUUCCAAUGUCAACAACGUUCAUCAAGAUCGCCAUCCUCCUUCAAUACCUCCGAACUUUUGAAAAGGGUUCCAAGUCCUACACCCUGACCAUUGUCAUGAUCGUCCUCACGUCCAUGUGGGGCAUCGCAUUCAUGUUCCUCGCCUGGGUCCCCUGCAUCCCGGUCCGCGGGUACUGGGACUGGAGCCAGCCGACGAUAGGACGCUGGGGUUUCGGGACACAGGUGGCGGAAGAGCUGAUCAAGACAUAUGAGGCCCACGCGACGAGCAACAUGCUCCUCGACUUUAUCAUCUUCGCCAUCCCGCUACCGCUCUACUUCAACAAGGAAGCCAACAAGAGGUCGCGCAAGGGCGUCCUUGGCCUCUUCCUUCUCGGCAGCGUCGUCCUCAUGCUCUCCGCCUGGCGCCUCGUCGCCCUCGUCCGCUCCCGCGCAGGUACCUACCCCACACUCGACCCAACGUGGUACGCCCCGGUGCCCAUGGUCCUCGCCAUUCUCGAGAUCGAUGUCGCCGCGAUCUGCGCUUCCCUCCCCGUCUUCUGGCCCGUUCUCAGGAGCGGCAUCGGGCAAAUAUUUGUCACGCACGAAGUUAAGGUCGAGGUUACGACCGAAGAAUAUCCCCGCGACGACGACCUUGAUCUGGAACUGGCGCAUUGCCCGGGCACGAGCUUCUCGUACUCACAGCCCUCCCCGACGGCGGACACGGACAAGCUGUUUGAGGUACCAGAGACGAGGAUAUUUGGGGCGUACAUGCAGGGCAAGACUACGACGGAGGUCACCAAAGUUGGGUAA